AUGGACGACCCCUGGGAGUGGGAUGUUGACAGGGUCGUGCGGGAGCUCUGCUCCGAAAGUCGGUCUUGGGAACGUUCGGCCAUCUCCCGGUUCCCUCCUUUCAAGCAGCUUGAGCGUUCCUUACGAGAGCAGGAAGUUGACGGGCAUACCCUUAUGACAUACGAUCAGGCCGAACUGUUUAGCGCGCUCAACCUCAAGAUAAUAAAGCAUAGGGCCACACUGAGGCAUGCCAUCUCCAUUUUCCGCUCCCAUAGUCUUCAAUAUGAAGCUGAUCAGCACCGCGAAUACUCCGAACUCCCAGUUCAACAGAACAGAGGGCCGAAUGGCGAAGAUGACCGGAGGGAGAGGCUACGGACCGAGCUUGUAUCCCUUAAUUCGGGUGCGGUAGACGGUAAUACCUCGGGCCGCGAUGCCAACCCAACUACGCUAGGUGAGACGACUGAACCGGAUGUCGGCGGCGGGGAAAUGAGCCUGUGUGACGAGACGGAGCCAUCGGGCCCGAGUGCUAUUUACCCCCCCCCCCGGGCGACAACUAUCUCUGCUCCCGAUCAGCCGCAACAAGACCCCACCGCUACCCACAAGGAAGCUGUGAAACCAGGAUCUCCCCGAAAGCCGAAACGCCAGAGGCCUACUCUCAUUUCAUCAGAUGUUGAUGUCAAUCUCAGACGUAAUAUACCCACCGAAGCCGAUGUUAUUAUGGAGCACGGAUUGGGGGAUACAGAACCACGUCAAGAUGGCCACAGUUUAAUUGACUCUGCCCAAGCGUAUCUUGGAGAAGGCGCCUUUACCAGGGUUGACAUUUUUAAUGAUCGUGACUCACCGGAAGGAGAAGGAUUGGACGAGGAAACCCCGGUUACGUUCUUCCGAGAUCGCCAGGAACCGUAUGGACGGCGGCUACAGGUUCAUCGACUUUAUAAACGCCAUAUGCUGCGGGGAAGAAUCUCCCGGGUGUCUCGCAUGGUCAAGUCAGAUAUGGUGCCCGGGGCUAACAACCCAGACCAUAAUGAGAUUUUACCUAGGUACGGAGACUCGGAUGAUGAAGGCGAUUCAGAGACAUGGGCCGAGAUUGAGGAAGAGAUCGAGGAGGAGAGAGUCGAACUAGCGAAGUGGGCGGAGGAGGAGGAGAAGAAACGCCUGAGCACAGAGGAGGUGUAUUCGGUGAUCGACGAUGUUAUCGAGAAACUCGCAUCCGACUGGGGCAGGCGCAAGCUCCCCAAGCUGGAGUUUGAAGCUCACGCGAUGUGGAAAGAGGCUCGGAGGGCGGGCCUGAAAACGUCGAUAGACAAAAUCGAUAAACGCCUGAAGGGAUAUGACUCGAGGAUUGCCAAGCUUCGCGAGGAAAUUGCAUCUUCCCAAUUCUGGAAGGAAAAGGCAAAGCUAAGAGAAGACGCUUCCAUUCUUAGGGCGAGCGUAGAGGACCGAGAAUACGACUCAUGGCGUCUCGGUGUUGUCACGUCGUCAACCGAGCCCGAAAAACCCCCGCCGCAACCACGCAGAUCCGGUAAAAGGACUCGAACCCGGAAAUCCAUUUCUUCGGACGGCGGGGAAGACCUGACAAGCGACUCGGACGAAGACCUAGGCGACUUCGUCGUCGACGACGAGCCUUUACCAUCUGCCAUGUCUCCCGGCGAGUCGCUAUCGCGCAUGGACCUGGAUAAUGACGUGCCAGAUACCCAGGAGCAUUUCGUCUCAGUUCGUAAUAAGAGUUUGGCGCCUCUGGCGCCCAUGGAUUCCGGAGAUGGGGACGCAUCCAGCCUCCCCCAACCCCGCCAAAGUACCGACGUUAACAUGCCAGCCGAACCCGGUCAAGACGUUGACAAAAGCCUCGCCACUACUAGUAAGCAGACCGGUACGCCAAGGAGGUCCGGAGGCAAGAAGACACAAUCGUCUCGGCGAGAGGAUCCGGCAUCGGCACUCGAUCUAUCGAUUGAUGAUUUAGAACCGGCAGAACAGCUAGUAGCGCGGGCGCUGGCGAGAUUAGACGACCUCUACCUAUCUAUGGCCUUCACGAUAAUAAACAAACUACGCGCUGAGGAGAUACGGCGGAGCAUAGAAUUGCUCCUGUCCAAAAACCAAGAACUCCCCGCGGCCCCUUAUAAUACGUCGGCGAAGAAAAAUCUUCUUAUCGCGUACACGAUACUUCGAUUGUUUGAGACAUAUAGAAGCGGGAUACCUUGCUCUCUCAACCGGCUCAGGGGGCUGAUCCGAGAGGGCAAGUUUGGCCCGCAAGAUCUCCAAUCGGAGCAGAAUGCGGACACAUUUAAUUGUUUCCUCAGCUUCCUUCGUCAACUAUCAGACCGCUUCGACUGGAAGAUAAAUCCAACUAUGGUGGAGAAAUGGAAUAAUAUGACUACCGAACCCCAGCACGAUGAAGAUGGGGGGGACGAUAAGGCGGCUGAAGAUGGCAAUAACCUUAUAGAUAUUACAUCUCCAGACGCUAAGAAGAAACACAAGAAAAUCGCCCGCAACAGAGAAGCAGCAGAUCUUCGGGAGAUCGAUCGGAUACGCAUGACAGAACAAGACCAGCGACGAUGGAUGCUUCGUGCAAAGUUAAAGCAGCUAGAAGCAUCAGGCGCAAUGGAUCUAGGGAGCCAAUACAUCAUUAAUGAGAGCAAAAGUGAUGACCAGGGACUCAUCUAUAUCCACGAGGAAAUUGCAUCGCGCAUCAAAGACCACCAAGUAGGAGGAGUCAGGUUCAUGUGGGACCAGAUUGUAGGCUCUACAACAGGGCAAGGCUGCCUACUGGCUCAUACUAUGGGCCUAGGCAAGACCAUGCAAAUCAUCACGCUGUUAGUAGCCAUCGCCCAAGCUGCCCGAUCUGACGAUCCGUCGAUUUCUUCCCAAAUCCCGGACACACUCAAGGAAUCAAAGACGCUUAUACUUUGUCCCCCUAUGCUUAUCGACAAUUGGCUGGACGAGAUGCUGUUCUGGACACCGGAAAGGCACGAACUCGGUGAAUUCUUCAAGCUGGACCAUACGAUUCCUACAUCACAGCGCCAGGAAAUCAUUCGUUCCUGGGACAAGAGAGGUGGUGUGCUUGUUACUGGUUAUCAACUUUUCAAAAUAUUUUCCAAUAACGAGGAAGUGUUUAAGUUGUUAACCCAAGGCCCCAACCUUGUCGUAGCAGACGAGGCGCACAUGCUGAAGAACCCCAAUUCCCAACUACACGUUACCACGGCAAACUUCCGAACUCAGAGCCGUAUCGCACUCACGGGCUCGCCCUUAGCAAAUAACGUUGAAGAAUAUCAUGCAAUGAUCAACUGGAUUGCUCCCAACUACUUAUCUGACCUAAGAGAGUUUAGGUCUGAGUAUGUUAUACCUAUAGACUCUGGACUCUCGGCAGACAGCACCAUGGCUGACCGCCGAAUGGCUUUGAAGAUGUUACGGGUCCUUAAGGAAGAAGUUGCGCCAAAGGUGCAGCGGGUGACAAUCGCAGUACUAAAGCAUGACAUCCCGACAAAAAAGGAGUUCGUCUUAACCCUACCUCUCACUAGAGUGCAGAAAGAAGCAUAUGAAACCUAUGUCCAGUACCAUCAAGACCACCCAUCCGGCGCAAAGACUUUUGCAUCUAUAAGCAUACUUGGUCUUCUCUGUGCUCAUCCCUCUCCCUUCAUGAAAAGGCUAGAGGAACAGAAGGCCAAGAAGACUGGAGAGUCUAGUGCUAUUCUCCCUGAGCAGCUUGUUAGUAACGAGAUGACUCUCUUGCGAAAAGAGCGAGACCUUAAUGAAUUCUCCCUCUCCUGGAGGAUCCCAAUACUUGUGGCCAUUCUUAACGAGUGCAAGCGCAUAGGAGAUUCGGUGCUUAUCUUCAGCCAUUCGAUCGGCACAAUCAACUACCUGGAGCAGAUACUCCGGAGACAGAGAUUCAUCUUUCAGCGAUUGGAUGGGUCAACUGUAACAACCAAGAGGCAGAGCAUGGUUAAGGAUUUCAACAGGAACCAAGCAGACGUGUUCCUCAUUUCCACCAGAGCAGGUGGUCUUGGCCUCAACAUUGUCAGUGCAAACCGUGUCGUCCUCUUCGAUAGCCAGUUCAACCCCCAGAAUGAGCAGCAAGCAGUAGGACGUGCAUACCGCUUAGGACAAAAAAAGCCGGUAUUUGUCUAUCGUUUCAUAUGUGGAGGCACUUUCGAAGAAAAGCUGUUGAACCAGGCAAUUUGGAAGAUGCAGUUAGCCUCCCGAGUCGUGGAUCAGAAGAAUCCAAUUCCCAAGUCACAAAAGUUUGGGCAUACCUUUGAGAUGCCCACAGAACCCAGACAGGGAAACCUGGAUCAGCAUAUCGGCCAGGACAGCGUUCUGGACAAGGUCAUUGAGCAAUAUCGGUCCAGCAUUCGGGACAUUACAUUGAUGGACACUUUCGAGGAAGAAGAGCUGGAGGAUACAGUUCUGACCGCUGAAGAUCGUGCAGAAGCCGACCGACUGAUCGCACAAAACGAAGCCCGUAGAUUAGGACUGCCCACUGCGAAUAUACCUGCCACAAAUGGGCCUGCUAGCGGUGUUCCUACUGGAAACAGCCUUGCUGGCAGUGUCUCUGCUACAAAUGGGCCUGUCGAAAAUGGGACUACUGUAACUGGGCCUGUUGCAAAUCUACCUGCCGCAAAUAGGCCUGCCGGCGGAGUCAAUCAGUUCACAAAUCCUGCUGUGGAGAGACCAUCGGAUGUUAACGUUCCUCUAGAUGUCGCUCUUCCGCUGCCUGGGCUCGCGGGCUUCGGAAGUAAUUACCCCCCAGCGCAAUACACGAGUACGCACACCGAUACUACCCAGGAUAGAAGACUCCCGGACAAUUCUACGCCUCGCCAGAAUAGCGCCUCGCAGUCAGCUAUCUUCGGAGCUACUACUCAAGUUCGACAACAAUCAGACAAUGAUGCGAGGGUUCGCGAUGAAGAGACCUUUCAUGCACACCUAACACACUAUCUACUCCCACUUUCAAGCAAAGAACAAGAACAAGACGCGCGUAUGCUGGCUAAGGAUAUCUCAUUGCGAAUGUGGUCCCAGCCCUUGUCGUAUAACCGGAGAUGGGCUCUCUUGACUGCGUUAGGACAGCCGGCAUUUGCUAAAGCCAUCCUGGACGGUCAUAUUACUCCGAUCGAACUUGAAACGAUGGAAGCAGUUCAGAUCAUGGCGAGAGCACACUCCGAGUCCAACGGAGCCGCCGAGGCCAACAAAACCGGACCGACAACGAGUCCAAUGGGCCAGGGCCCCCAGGUAAAGACCUCACCAGGAGAACUAGGCUUCAACACGUUCAUCAACUAA